GCCCGCCCAUGGAGCGCGCUGCGCCCCCGCGCCCGGCCCCGCUGCCGCUGCUGCUGCUCGCCGGCCUCGCGCUGCUGGCGGCCCCAGCGGGCGCCGAUGUCUCCAUGGAGGCCUGCUGUGCAGAUGGACAUCGCAUGGCCACUCAGCACAGGGCCUGCUCGCUGCCGUACGCCUCGGAGUCCAAGGAAUGCAGGAUGGUCCAGGAGCAGUGCUGCCACAACCAGCUGGAGGAGCUGCACUGUGCCACGGGCAUCAACCUGGCCAACGAGCAGGACAGCUGCGCCGCGCCGCACGGCAACGCCAGCCUCGAGGCCGUGUUCGUGAAGAGAUGCUGCCACUGCUGCCUGCUGGGGCGGGCGGCCCAGGCGCAGGGCCAGAGCUGCGAGUACACCCUCCUGGUCGGCUACCAGUGUGGCCUGGUCUUCCGGGCCUGCUGCGUCAAGGAGACCCCAGACUUCGCCCCCGCGGACAAUGGGGACCUCCAGGAAACAGCUAAGAUGUCGGAGAUGGAGGAGGAGCAGGAGGACCCGUACCUGAAUGACCGCUGCCGAGGCGGCGGGCCCUGUAAGCAGCAGUGCAGGGACACGGGCGAGGAGGUGGUCUGCUCCUGCUUCGUGGGCUACCAGCUGCUGCCUGACGGCGUCUCCUGUGAAGAUGUCAAUGAAUGCAUCACGGGCACCCACAGUUGCCGGCUUGGCGAGUCCUGCAUCAAUACUGUGGGCUCUUUCCGCUGCCAGAGAGACAGCAGUUGUGGGACUGGCUAUGAGCUCACAGAGAACAAUGACUGCAAAGAUAUUGACGAGUGUGAGAGUGGUAUUCAUAACUGCCUCCCCGAUUUUAUCUGUCAGAAUACUCUGGGAUCCUUCCGCUGCAGACCCAAGCUACAAUGCAAGAGCGGCUUUAUACAAGAUGCUCUAGGCAACUGUAUUGAUAUCAAUGAGUGUUUGACAGUCAGUGCCACGUGCCCUGCCGGGCACACGUGCAUCAACACGGAGGGCUCCUACACGUGCCAGAAGAACGUGCCCAACUGCGGCCGUGGCUACCAUCUCAACGAGGAGGGCACCCGCUGCGUGGAUGUGGACGAGUGUGCACCACCCUCCGAGCCCUGUGGCCCGGGGCACCUGUGUGUGAACUCCCCCGGAAGCUUCCGCUGCGAGUGCAAAUCUGGCUACUAUUUCGACGGCAUCAGCAGGACAUGUGUGGACAUCAACGAGUGCCGGCGCUACCCCGGGCGCCUGUGCGGCCACAAGUGCGAGAACACGCUGGGCUCCUACCACUGCAGCUGCUCCGUGGGCUUCCGGCUCGCGGCCGACGGCCGGUCCUGCGAAGACGUGAAUGAGUGUCACAGCAGCCCCUGCAGCCAGGAGUGUGCCAACGUCUACGGCUCCUACCAGUGCUACUGCCGCCGGGGCUACCAGCUCAGCGACGUGGACGGGGUCACCUGCGAAGACAUCGACGAGUGUGCCCUGCCCACCGGGGGCCACAUCUGCUCCUACCGCUGCAUCAACUUCCCCGGAAGCUUCCAGUGCAGCUGCCCCUCGUCCGGAUACAGGCUGGCCCCCAACGGACGCAACUGCCAAGACAUCGACGAGUGUGUGACCGGCAUACACAACUGCUCCAUCAACGAGACCUGCUUCAACAUCCAGGGCAGUUUCCGCUGCCUGGCCUUCGAGUGCCCGGAGAAUUACCGCCGCUCCGCAGACACGCUCCAGCAGGAGAAGACGGACACCGUCCGCUGCAUCAAGUCCUGCCGCCCCAACGACAUCACCUGCAUGCUGGACUUGGUGCACACCAUCUCCCACACCGUCGUCUCUCUGCCCACUUUCCGAGAGUUCGCCCACCCGGAAGAGAUCAUCUUUCUCCGGGCCAUCACGCCAGCGCAUCCCUCCAACCAUGCCGACAUCAUCUUCGACAUCACAGAGGGGAACCUGCGGGACUCCUUCGAUAUCAUCAAGCGCUACAUGGACGGCAUGACUGUGGGUGUUGUGCGCCAAGUGCGGCCCAUCGUAGGCCCCUCUCAUGCUGUUCUGAAGCUGGAGAUGAACUACGUGGUCAGGGGUGUGGUGUCCCACCGAAAUAUCGUCAACGUCCACAUCUUUGUCUCUGAGUACUGGUUCUGAGGGCUGGUCCAUGGUAUAGCCAAGUCUGCACCUCCAGGCCAAGUCAUUGCUGCCAACGACUAUGCCCUGUCCCUGUCUGUACAACCCAGAUAUUUUUUGAUCUUAUGUAUUUGUUUGUAGAGUUAGGCUGACAUGUAUUAAGCUGGGCCAGAUGAAUAAGUCCAUCUGAUAUAUUUUGGUGUUGAAAUAAUGAGUCCAAUUACUCAACUGUUUGGUUGAAAACCUUGUUUAUUUUUUUAUGCAAAUGUUGUAUUUUGCUGCCUUUACGCUGCCUGUGGGAUGGGCAUCAUGAAGAACCAAGGAAAGAAGACAUUUUUCAGGGGGCAACUACUCAUAAUGCCAAGAAAAGACCAGUUUUGGCCCUGCUUGUAUGAAAUUUGACAUUUGGUAUUUUUUUUUUGCCAGUCAGAUUUGUAUGCCUAGUUCUAAAGACACAGCUGCUGUAGCCUAGCAGUAUGGUAGGCUCUGCCCAGACCGGCAUGACACAGUGCCUCCAGGAACAGCUGGAAGGCGCGUGGCCGUUUCGUUGUAACGGAAAGCCCCCGUUGGUAAAGACACGGCCCGUUCGGUUUGUGUGUGGCCCCAGUAUGUUGACCGGGGGGUGGUGGGGUUUUCUCUGCUCCCUUGUGUCCAUCUUCUCUUAUCAUAGGUGGGAAAAUAAACAGCUCUGUGAUUCUGA